AUGUCGACUGCCCACAGUGAUGAUCAACCAGUCGUCGCUCCUUCCUCCGGUGCUGCUCACCCAAAUGCGCUUCCUUCUGCCAAUUCAACUCAGCCAUCGUCUCUGAACGCUCCAUCAGCCCAUGCGCCGGCGGCUAUAACUCCUUCGAUCAAUGCUCCGAUAGACAAUACCACUAUCCAUCCCGCCAUAAAGUCCUUCUCUCCAGCCACUGAAAACAUCCUGGGGCGAUUGCCUCCAACAAACUCGUCCACUGUUUAUGGUAGUCAGGAGUGGGAAGCCGCUAGAAAUGCCGUUCUCAAGAACAUGACCACCUCGACCUCGCUAGGUGCUGAGGACACGAUCGGUACUGGCGCAAGAGUGAAAGAAGAAGAUAUGGAUACGUCAAUUGAUGCUACAACACCAGUUGUGCGAGGAGGACGGGGAGGAAUCGUGGAGGCCGUCCACGAGGCAGUCGAGGAAGAGGCAGAGGACGAGGUACAUUGGCAGGAACCNGCCGGAUCGCCAGCGUCUGCAGCUGCAGAAACACCACCGUCCUCAGGUCGAGGUCGUGGCCGAGGACGAGGAGGUCGUCCGAGAGGAAGAGGUGGCAGAGGCGGCAGGAAGCCUCUUGCUGAGGGCAUCAAGAUUCACGAAGUCAGCUCCGAUAGCGAUGAUGACUUGCUGGACGACGCUGAGAACACACCGCUAGCCACGACCUCACGUUCUGGUCGCGCAAUCACAAAACCCACCACCUUCGUACCCGUCAUACCCUCACCCACCUCUGGUACUAAACGUAAGCGCAAUUGGGGACGCAGGAACCCGGAACUGGCAGUGUGCAAACAAUGUCUCCGACCUCACAGUCCAGCCACCAACAUGAUAGUAUUUUGUGAUGGGUGCAACACUCCCUAUCACCGCUACUGCCAUUACCCGUCUAUUAGUCAGGAGGUUGUAGAUGUACCCGACAUGGAAUGGUUCUGCUCAGACUGUACCGUGCGACCGCCGCCUAAUGUUGCUGUGGAUUCGUUCGUAUCUGGAGGAGACUUGAUGGAUCAUCAGAAACGAGAUGUCUUGAUGUUGCUCCCGACCAAUGCGCUGGUUGAUUUGCUGCUACGAGCAGAGCAAGCGCACCCAGAACUGGCCUUGUUCCCACCAGGAGCUCUCCAGACACCUUUACCCACAACACUUUCGGACCUGCUUGACCCUCCCAAAGCUCAAGUGGAACCUCUACCACCAAAUCCACCUGAGCCUCCAUCUGAUGAAUCUGAACAUGCCUACUAUCCUCUGCCUGUACGACCGGAUGAUGACGUGGAUGAAGGGUAUAACGAGCUCGAGAAUCCCACAGCAAAUUACCCAAAGCCUGGUCAAGGACUGGCAGCGUUGCUUCCUCCUGAGGAGAAUGAUCUGAAUUGGCUGGUGGAUGACAAUGAACAAGUCUACAGCCAUUUCGUACCGUCUGGACGAAAUGGCAGCAUGGACGGUGCGACCAUGGCAGGCGCAGAUGAGGUUGUCGGCUGA